CACCGGCUCCAUACUUUCGGAGAACAUUCGCUAGAUUCGCUACCUUAUCCACUAUCAUGACAUUUCACUUUGAAAUAUUCGUAAAAAUUGUCAUCGCUUAAAAUUUCAUUAAGUUCUUAGGAAAAUUGAUUCCAAUCCAAUCAUGUCUGACACGGAUCGACAAGAAAUGAUUACACACUUCUGUGAUGUAACUGGUGAACCGGCUGAACGAGCCGAAUUUUAUCUAUCGUCUGCAAACUGGACGUUACAGGUGGCACUUGCUAGCUUCUACGAUAAUGAUGGAAACGAGGAAGGAGUUAACUUUGAUAUGGAUGACGAUUCAGCUGCUCCACCAGCAUUCCCGGCUAGUGAAGACAGUUCAAGUCAACCACCAGUUCGUAGUACCACUGAUGAUGGCAAGCAGAAAGAGAAACCAUCGGCCAGACCUCGAAUCGCAACCAUACACAACAUGGAUCGUUCGAGUGAUGAGGACGAACAAGGACAGGCAUUUUACGCUGGUGGAUCAGAACGAUCGGGUCAACAAGUGCUCGGUCCACCACCAAAGAAAAAUCCAAUGAGAGACUAUGUAUCGGACGUGUUCAGUUCAGCUCGUGAACAUGGAGCUCAGGUUGUUGAUCAACACGAGACUGCAACUGCUUCCGGAUCGUCAAGUGUCUUCAUCGGCACCGGUUAUCGUCUCGGUCAAACGGAUAGUGAUCAUGUCGUGUUGCCGGAUCAGACACCACGUCCGAACCGGCCAAAUAAUAUCGAUGUGGUUGUGUUGAAGCUGUGGCGCCAGGGAUUUUCAAUCAAUGACGGCGAUCUGCGAAACUACGAAGAUCCUGCGAACAAAGACUUUCUUAGCAGCAUUAUGAAGGGUGAAAUUCCGCAUGAGCUGCGUCAGGGCGGUGCAAUGGUUCAUGUCGAUUUGGAGGAUCAUCGUAACGAAGAAUUCACGAAGGCUGUGGUAAAAGCAAAACCGUUCAGCGGCAGAGGUCAUACGUUGGGAAGUCCAGCACCAACAGUGGUCAGUACUCCAGUCACUCCGACUGGUUCGGGUCCCAGUAUAAGUAGCAGUGCAAAUGCAGAGCAAACAGCCAACGAGCAGUUAAAUGUAAAUACAACUCAGCCAACUACAAUGAUUCAAGUUCGCUUAGCCGAUGGAUCUCGUUUGUCCGCACGUUUCAACCAUACGCACACAGUGUCCGAUAUUCGAUCCUACAUUCGGAACGCUCGACCACAAUAUGCAACAAUCAACUUUGCCCUGUUGACCACAUUUCCAAGCAAAGAGCUAACCGACGAGGCUCAAACCAUCGAAAAGGCUGGCCUGUUGAGUGCAUCGAUAUUGCAGCGACUGCAAUAGCACAUUAUAUUGCUAUAAUAUGUCGCACCAUUGAAAUAUUUUGUUUUGGUUAUAAUCGGCUCGGCUGCAAUUACACACAAAAAAUGGAUAAUAUUGCCAAUAAGCGGUUUCAAUGGGUCUGAAUGAUCAUUUUCUUUUCGUCUUCUUUAAUUUAUCUAAUUUUAUACGGUUUGCUUAAGAAUUAUCAAAAAAAAAAAAAGAAAGAAAAAUUCCAACGAA